UUCAGUGGGGCAGUGAGCCGCUGUACGGAGAGAGAUACGCUCCUGCUUGUCUGAGAAGCGUUCGGCUUGACAGAGAAGUGGUAUACACUCUAAAACAAGAAACAUGUCUGAUAGAAAAGCUGUGAUCAAGAAUGCAGACAUGUCUGAGGACAUGCAGCAGGAUGCAGUGGAUUGUGCCACCCAGGCCAUGGAGAAGUACAACAUCGAAAAGGACAUUGCAGCCUAUAUUAAAAAGGAGUUUGACAAGAAGUAUAAUCCGACAUGGCACUGUAUCGUGGGAAGAAACUUUGGGAGUUACGUCACACAUGAGACCAAACACUUUAUUUAUUUUUACUUGGGGCAGGUGGCCAUUCUUCUCUUCAAAUCUGGUUGAAGGAAGGAUGUAAACAAUCCUGGACUGCAAUGCACUGAUGGCUAAAGCCACAUUUCUCCACACACUAAAAGAACUGGCUGUGCAAAUGCAUGGACUGUAUACAGUAUUUAAAUGUGUAUAUGUUGCAGUAAUUAACUUUUUUCUUUAGUUGCCUGGAAUAAAUAGGGGAGAGGGUAGUGUAGGAUUUUUUUUGUUUAUGCUUUAUCUUUUUAUUUUCUUUUGUAUUGCACAAAUUGUUUAAAAAAAAAAAAAAAAAAUUAAUGGUGGCCUUUAAAGGGAAAAUAAACGAGUCUAAACUCCUGAGAGGGAAGGAAUGUUCUACUGUGCAUUUGUUGUUCACUCUUAUUCCCAUCUUCAUGAAGUGAUGGCAAUAUGCUGGUCUGGCUUUUAUUUAGUGUGAGCUUUAAUUUUACACUCUACAUUCUUUUGCAUCUGCUAACUCUUGACAUUCUAGUUAUGAAUUGGUGGGAUUUACUAAAGUGCUAUAUAAAGG